AUUGGCCCAUUUUCACUUGCCAAUGAAGUAGCGUCACGCGCCACCUUCAAUUAAUCGUACCCAAUAAAACAUCAGCUACGCAUUCUUGCAUUAUUACGCCCACAUACUGCUCUAUAUAAUACACCAACCAACCCAGUAUCGGCAAAGGCAUCGUAAAGUCAUACGUCCGGAUAUCAACAACAUCAUUACAUACCCUUCCGUCCCUGUUUGCUCGAAGCCUUCGUCGCUGCCUCGGAGUUCCAAGGAUGGCUGAGACACAGCAAGUACUGGCUGAAGCUGGUGGACUCUCGAUUGAGGUUCUACGUGAACGUGAAACGGCGCGCCCUUAUGAAAAUGAUUUUCUAGUUUGUAUACAGGUCUUAACCAGGAUGUAUCCAGCCUAUUCAGUCCCAAUCUAGCAGAUAGAAACUAGAUUAAAACUGGAUACAGGAUUUAUUGAGCGCACUGUAUACAUUUUCUAUACAGGAAUUCCUAACCACUUUGUAACCAGCACUUAUCAAUUUCUGUACAAGAACACCCUAUACAGAUUUUAUACAGAAAUUUCUGUCCGUUUUGUAACUAGUUCCUAUUCAGUAUUUAUUCAGCCGCAGUAUUUUAUGACUUUAUGAACCCCAUCACAAUGUAUGCACAUGCAGUACUAAGAAAAGAAUUCACUGCUCCAUUUCUUAUUUAAUGGGCCAUGCCAUUGACCAUUCUUUCACAAGCGCCUUACAUUGACAGAGACUUCAAAAUCGUUUUUAUCACUGUUGAUGUGCCACGGGUUGAGGUUGUGUACAUACGCACCAGAGUAUCGUGGGUUGUUGGUCGUACAGUUGGCCGUACUGUAAUCCCAAAAUUGCAUACUUGUGUUCCAGUAGUGCUGGGCUCAGCAUUUGUAAAAUACACGUACGCGAGAACAAAGAAUUUGGACAAUUUCGCGGCUAUCUGUCUACCACGACAAGCAAAAAUAUUCUACUCUUCCAGCUUGCCCCGAUAUGUGUUCUCCUGCCUCGUGCAGAACAACUUUUCUUCACGUUCUAAAGAGAAAGCUCUAUAAACAUCUGAUACAACGUAUCGUGCACAAGAGUGAAGCAGCAUGAAAUGGCCAUGGUCAUUUCAGUCUCCUUCACCAACUGUGCGAUUUCACUAACUGUACUUCACUUAAACUGUACAAUUCAGCACAUGAGGAAAACCGCCAUACACGGCAGUUUUCCUCCCUGUGCUGAAGUCCGAAUUGUUAAGUCUGCAAAACAUGCAGGACAGUAGUAGUUUUCUUUUUUUUUUGUUUUGUUAUAAUUCGAUGGCACGUGCCAUCGAAUUAUAUAUAAAAAAAACUAAUCGACCUAUAGCCUCAUGCAGUAAACGGCAUUUGUUCUUACUGGGUCUUUGCUACUUCCCGAUGUAACCCUUACAAAAAAUUUUGAUGAGUUUCUGUUGAAAAGUCAAUGCCUUUUCACAUCACACUCAUCGGAAUUUCUGAUGAGUUUCGUGAUGAGUUUCUGAUUAGUUUCUGUUUAAAAUUGGCCACCGAGUUUCUGAUGCGUAUGUGAUGUGUACUUUUCUGAUGCGUCUGUGAUGCAUACUUUUCUGAUGCGUCUGUGAUGCAUACUUUCCUGAUGAGUGUCUGAUGCAUACUUUUCUGAUGUGUAUCUGAUGCAUACCCGUCUGAUCCAUACGUGAUGUGCACUUCCCUCAUGUGUGUCCUAUGAGUUUCUUGCAUGUUUCCACGCAGUUGUUGUGUUCCUAUGCAGUAGGGAAAUUAUGAAAAAAGCAGUACAGUCUAGCAGCUUUUAUUGAACCUCUCUGGACACCAUUGAAGAAAGACUAUUCUUCAGUUGGAUGACAGUAGUGUCAAACUUGCUGCAUACAUACGCUGUAAAACAAAGAAAGAUGAAGCAAAGAUUACGUGAUGAAAUAGUAAAAGGUGGCUGUACAGCUGUGUCCACAUAUACUAAGAGGUUACAGGUGCAGCAGAGAGACUUUGGAAUCACGCAAGAUACAAAUCACACACAUUUGACAGGCAACUAACCAUUUGCCAGUGACGGUCAGUAGGAAAUAAGUAGUGAGUCAGAGGCUACUUUUUGCAGCUACUACAGAUGCAGACUCUGCUAUCUACACUUGCAACUACACGACCUAUCAUAAUGUGCAGACAAAUUUGAUAUGAAUGGCUCAGAGAUAAAACUUCCAAGGUUCCAGCUGCUAUUUCUACACAGAUAAAUCUUGAUGCAUGGUGUUCCAGAAAAAUUUACCGGCUGCAUAAUUUUUAAGAAAAUGUCUGCUACUAUUGACCUGCUAUGCUGACUGCUACACCUUUUGUCAACAUGAGCUCACCACUCAGUCGCUGAUUUGCAUGAACUCGUUAAUGAAGGAUCCAAACUUUGUCUCCCACUCAAACCACUUUUGGCACAUGUGCCACAGAAAAGGGGAUCUUUCUCAAAAGUCAUUUCACACACACACACACAAACACCAACCCUAGGGCAUUUUUUGAGUAAGUGAUGGUUUUCAUCUCACAAAUUCAUGGUGUAGAGUGCCACACCAAUGUGUUAUCUCUCUCACUUAACCACUACUCAGCUUCGAGACAACCCUCCAAAAUGGAAGGUUGUGUAAGAUAAGGGACAGUCACAAUGUUUUCUCCCUGUGGCCAAAGCAGCUAACUGCCCUGUCUGAGCCUAACUGCAUAGUUAGGCUUAUGGUGCACAUAAAUGAAUGUUUUGCACAUUGUGGCAUAUUUCGCAUGAAAUUAUAUACCUUGAUUUAAACAAUUAGAGUCGAAAAAUUUUCUGUUUGUUUUCUCAUGUGCAAGACCCCUGAGCAUGCAGUGAAUAAAAGCGUCGUAUUAACUACAUAAAUCAAUGCGAUUAGAGUGUUAACACACUAUAAGGCAUUGAUGAACUGUCACCAGCUUAGCAUAACCCGGUGGCACACCCUAAAGUCGAAAACAGAUGCAGUCACCUGACUUCUUAAGGAAAGCCUAUCGGAAUGUAUUGACUAUGGCAAGCGCAAACAAGUAUAACUGUAUUGCGUUAUCAGGCCACUUCAUGCAUGUCGUUCUUACUAACAAUCAGUCAUGGGCAGUUUGGAAGGAACAUGUAUCUUCGAUACUAUCUUUCGAUACAUUUUGUGUAUCGUUAUUAUAUAUCGCAUGCCAAAAAUGAGAGUAUCGGAGUAUCGAAAAUACAAUUUUAGUGUAUCGUGUAUUUUAACGAUACUAAAAAAAUUAAGACAUACAUAUUGAGGCUGUGUGGGACUUAUGAAGCUUACGUCCGCGAGCGCGCUCCAUCGUGAAGGUAGCCGCGAGAGGAGGCCCUGGGCCGUGCUCAGGAAUGCGCUUGAGCACUUAGCACAGCUUAGCUUGAGCACUGUAACCUGUUCUACAGGUCACAAUUCAUAACGGCCAACAAAGAAAAUCAAGUAUCAGCUAUGGCUGCCGAACUGCGGUGUGCCAUCUUUGAUGGAAAAUAUUUUACUGUCACGUCGUCUGAUGGAGACCUAAUCAUAUUACCAACUUUAUUUUGGCAGCUUUAUUAUUGGCAGCUUUAUUAUAUUGGGAUUUCAGUUACGUAAACUUCGCUAAUCAUAACACCAGCUUUAUUAUAUUCUGGAUUUCAGUGAUGUAUCGAAAUAUCGACGAUACAGUAUCGAGUAUCUGUAUCGAAGAUCAAUUUCGGUUCUGUAUCUUGUAUCGGAAAUAGUUUUUGAGGGUAUCGAGUAUCGGUAUCGAAGAUACUGUUUUGAAGUAUCGGGCCCAGCUCUGCUAAUAAUAGAGCCUUUGCGAUUUUGGCCCUGGCACAGUGUGACCACUCAUAAUUUUAAAUUUUCAGUUCAUCUUCUGCCUACUAUAUGCAGCUCUUGUGGCAAAAGGAAGGCAGCGCAAAACACAGAAGAGGGAUCGAAACUGAUGGAGGAAGUGGCAAUGUUGUUUAGCAUGUGACCACUAGUCAUAACACUAAUGGGUCCGCCGUUACUGCGGUGUAACAGCAGCAAAAGUACAACUGUGUCGCCACUGACCAUCCUGACACUUAGUAACAACAUGAAUGAGAAACGUCAGCUAUCAAGACUCACCAAUUAAUGCGUUAACACGCACUGGGUCAAGUGCCUCCUUGGCAGGCCCCGCUCUAUUGGCAUUUGACCCCUUCCCAAAGAGAGACUUGCCCCGCAGCUCUUCUACCGUGAAGAGGUUCCUCAGGAGGCUCCGCGCAAACUUUGUGGGAGCACCACGGCAAUGGGAAUGCAAUCUGUCUAUAAUUGCUAUAAUUGCCGUGUUCAGGUAGUUCAGUAGCCUUUGUAGUAGACUAUAUGCAUGCCGUGUGCAACGGGUUUGUGAGAGCCACAGCGUCUUUAUGGUUCAGCCACAAGAGGCGGCACCGUUACAGCAUUGGGUACUGUCUUCCACAAAUAGACCGCCGACUCAGGCAGCUCACGCCAAUUUGGGAAAUGAGCAGACUGCCGCGGUCACUGGCAGACAUGAAAUUUUGGAAGGCUUCAGAGUGGAGAGAUUGGUUGCUGUUGUACUCUCCAGUUGUCCUUAAGGAUAUUCUUCCAAAGGCUUACUAUGAUAAUUGGACCAAGUUUGUACAAAUCAUGCACUUUUGUCUUCAGUCCAGUAUACCUAUGGAUAGAAUGGGAUAUGUAAAGCAGGCAAUGGAAGAAUUUCUGGAGGAGUACGAGAAUCUGUAUGGUGCAGAAAGCAUGAGCUACAACGCUCACCUGCUUCUUCACAUGGUGGACCAUGUGAAGGAGUGGGGUCCACUGUGGGGAUAUUCAGCCUAUCCAUUUGAGUCCAUCAAUGGGAAGCUUGUCCGGUUUGUGAACGGUACAAGGCACGCACAUUUGCAAAUUGUGGAAAAAUUCUGCAUAUUGCAAAGUCUGCCACAAAUUGUAAUGGCAUCCAUGCCGUGGCCUAAUGAGCUAAUGAUUUUUGUUCAGUCUCUGUUAAAGGGCUACAACCUAAGGAAGGCUUCCACGAAAUGUGCUGACGUAAUUUUGUAUGGUAAAGGCAGGAGAGAGGCAGCUUGUACAGCAUACAAGAAAGCGACCAUUGGCGCCUUCACAUAUUGUGUAGCGUCAGUCGACAAGUCUAGGAGAAAGAACUCUUACGUGCGUACCAAUGGAGGAGUUUUUGGAAGGGUAAUGGACAUAACUAAGAUGGACACCGAAGCAUGUCACACAGCGAAACCCACAGUGCAUUUCAGAAUGAAGAAGUUCCGUGUCCUGAACAUAUUUUUGCCUAGCAUAGAUCAAAAUUCCACUGGAUUUGCAACUGUCUGCGAAACAGAUGAAUAUGUUGUUGUGAGGGCAUCUGAAGUGAAAAAGUGCAUUGUACUUUGUUGUGCAGAAAGGACCAUCUUGACUGUUAUCCCAGAGCAGCAUGUUUUGGAAUCUGUUUAGCUUUCCAGGCACCGGUUUAAAUGUGUCAUUUUGUGUGACAGAUUUUAUAGUGAGCUAUUUUAAUAUGGCCAUGCUUCCUUCAUUGUCACAUCCUCUCAUGCUGCGUGUGUAGAGUUCCAUCACAGCACAACAUGCUCGAGAACUUCCACUCAUAAAUGCUUCCUAGAGGCAACACUUCCCACACGAAAGCCUUGUUUUAGUAAGAUUAGAGCUGUUGAGCAUUUCUUUUGGUUCCCUCGUAACAGUGCUCUUUCAUUACUUUUCUCUGACAAAAAUGUCAGACCUGAGUUGCUUAGAAGUUAGGAGGAUUCCCAUUGUUUAGCUUGUACUAUAGGUUAAAACUACCAGUUGCACACUUUUUAUAGUCAUUUUGCCAUAUCUGAUAUUCUGUACUAAGUGUUUGUUCUGCUGAUUUCAAUAAGAUUUGCAUUUUGUUUCCAUAAAUGGUUCAUUUCUGACGCUCAUAUACACAACCUUCUGUUUGACGCAAGAUUAUCAGCCCUGAUUACGAAUAGUGUGUCAUUAACAAGCCACCAUCCCUCCCCCUUUGUACAGCGCACCGAAGACACACAUUAUGAUUUAGAAGUGUUAAUUUGCCACGUAAAAGUAACUCAAGGUGCCACACAAUUAGACGUAUACUUUCCUUCUGCUGAUUUGAAUAAUAUUUGAAUUUUCUUUUGUAAAUGCUCUUUUUCUGAAAUUCAUACACAUAGACCCUAUCAUCACAUUGACAUGUGUGAUGUACAUUUAUCAGCUCUCAUGCUGAAUAGUGUGUAGUGUUAAGAAGCCAUCAUCCCUCCCCCUUUAUACAAUACAGUGAAGAAACGCAUUCGUAUGAGGAAGGAGUGUUAACUUGCCACAUUAAAAUGAGUUAUGAUGCCACACAACAAUACCCAUAACUAUGUAUUGGCUGAUCGCAGAGUCUUGAGAUUAUCUACCUUAAAUUACAGAAACAUGUCAGCAGCCAGUAUGUGCCCUUAACAUAACAAAUGGUAUAUCCUGAUGAUUUCCUACAUUAAAAACUCUGUGGAAAAACUAUAGAGAUUUCUCAUAUGAAAAGUUAAUGUCAAAACUCCAUGGAGUUCUUGAUAGGAAUGUAAUGUCUCUGAGGAGCGAAGACUUACUUUCCCGCGAUUUUUCUACUCCUCACGAGACUUGUGACUUAGUCGGCUGUAGUAUAUUGUCGGAUUACCCGAGGGGGUCAGUGCCAGCCGGAGCACUGUGGAGGCCUUUUUUUCUUUCUGUUUCUUUUUUUUUUACAGCAGGCAGUGAAUUCUGCAUCAAACAAGGGUUGCUAUCUGCUAGAUCUAAAUGCGUAUGGCGCGCGCAGCUCGUGUACUCAGUUAUGAACAGAAGACUAAGACGUCUUGCAGCUAUACCCCGUACGUGAGCGCAGCUUCUUUCUUAUAGACUGUUCUUGUAAGUUUUAGUAGCACAGUAGCACUAGCCAAGG